CUUCAGUACCCUAGCUAGAUUACCAGAUCAGGCAGAGCAAGCAUUAUACACACCAUGAGCGUUCCAGAGAAAAUAGCAGCAGCAAUUCCUAUGCAACUGCUGUCGGGCCCGGCCGUGAAACUUGUUUAUACAAUAACCUGUAGUGGCGAAAAACAUACUCUUGUUUCCAUCCCAUUCAUCGUCAACAAUUUGAUUGAAAUUCGAUUCAAAUGGGAUUAUUCCAAAAUAUCUGCAAAAAAAAUUAAAAUUGUAUGCAGUUUUUCAUCAAAGAGGCUAGUUUCUGAGAAAUGUACCACAAUCAAUGUGGAUUUGAGAAGCGAUAGAUUAAAAUAUAUGAAGACGGACUUCUGUCCUCCGGAGCGUUGGUCAGACUGGGAGUGCAUGGCCGAGAUAACGCCACAGUUGCUUCCCAAUUUGUCCGCCUAUUAUUACACUACAUGUGACUACUAUAUUGCUGCAUGUAAAGUGAAAACGGACAUGAUUUCUUCUAAGUUGUAUGAAGACACUGAUUUCACCGACUUCAACUUAAGUACACCUGAUGGUAGUGUUGCUGUCCACAAAGCCUGCCUGGCUGCUCACAGCGACGUGUUCAAGCGGAUGCUGUCUGGAGAAUGGCAAGAGACCGAGGAAGGCCAAAUAACUUUGGAAGGAGUUACUUUGGAAACUCUGCAACAUUUAAAGGAGUACAUUUACAUGGGUAGACUCCCAAAUGAUGGGCUUAGACCACUGCUACUGUUAGCAAGAUGCUACCUUAUUGAAGAUCUUCAGGAACGCUGUAUUAACAAACUAGCUCAAACAGCUAGAUCGGAAGAUUUAUACUCGCUUCAUAAAUUUGCAUGUGAGAAUAACAUACCAGAGUUGACUUUUGCUACUUUGCAGCUGACCAGAGACUCUGUUAUUAGCUAUGCAAAUCAGGUUAAAAAGAUGAAGACCAGUCCAUGA